AUGGCUCAAAUAAAUGAAGCCGAAGGUUUAUCAAAUGAAGGCAAUUCAAAAUCAUCAAGCAUGCCAAAACUUGAAAAUGCACAGUGGAUACAAGAAGGUACAACGGUUGCAGGCGGUAAAAAAUGGGGUACUGGUUUAGGUGAUCUCAAUUUUCCAUCAGGUAUCGAUGUCGAUGAUGAUGAGACUGUUUAUAUAGCUGAUUACUCGAAUAAUCGUGUUGUGGAAUGGAAAAAAGGUGCAACAACUGGUAAAGUAGUUGCUGGUGAUGGUGAUCCAAGAAAUCGUGUUGAUCGAUUGUGUCAUCCAAAAGAUGUAAUUUAUGACAAAGCUACCGAUAGUUUUAUAAUCGCUGAUGAAGGAAAUAGAAGAGUAAUUCGAUAUCCACGUCAAACUGACUUGAGUAUACAAACGCUUAUUCCUGGUGUAGAUCCAUCCGAUCUAGCAAUUGAUAGCGAUGGAAACAUAUAUGUUUGUGAUCAUAAGGCGCAUGAAGUAAAACGCUACAGACAAGGUGAGACUGUUGGAACAGUCGUAGCAGGUGGCAACGGAAAAGGUGUUCAUCUCAAUCAGCUCAGUCAUCCAACCUGUAUUUUCGUAGAUAAAGAUCAUUCAGUAUAUGUUUCGGAUUGGGGCAAUCAUCGAAUAGUCAAGUGGGAGGAAAAUGCAACAAAAGGUAUCCUUAUUGCAGGCGGUAAUGGCUAUAGCAGAGAUCCAAUGGCACUAGCAGAUCCAUUUGGAGUGUUUGUAGAUGAAUCAGACACUGUCUAUGCUGUUGAUUGGAGAAAACAUCGUGUAGUGUGUUGGCCCAAAGGAGAUACACAAGGUAGUGUUAUUGUUGGCGAAGACAAAGAUGGCAAUGGAUCCAAUCAAUUCUAUCAUCCUAUGGAUAUAGCAUUCGAUAGACAAGGCAAUCUCUAUAUUAGCGAUUAUAGUAACAAUAGAGUACAAAAAUUUAAUAGAAACACAAAUAAUAUUUAA